UGCUGAGCCAUCAGUGGAGUCCAUAUAUAUCCUAUUUAACUUUUCCUUCUCUCGGUGGGCUCAAUCAGUCUUUCCUGUCCUUUUGCCAAGUGUGUUCUGCCCUCGCUCCUGUGCAUAGGGUGUGAGCACAACAACUGCCAAGAUGUCGGAGAAAAAGUUGACAUCCAGCCGCAGGUAUCACUUGAAGAGCCUGCUGCUAUCCAUUGCCGCUGGCUUGCUGGAGGCUGAAGCCAAGCAGCUUGUGGAGGAUAAGGAGUCUUACAUAAAUGAACACUGCCCACCACUGGAACUUCCAGGCUCUGUGCAGGAGCUGCAGGACCUGUGCAAGAAGCUCAAUCAGAGCAUUGACAAGGCUGAUGAGGAAAGGUAUGACAUGGAGGCUAAGGUUGCAAAGACAAACAAGGAGAUUGAUGACUUGAGGAUUAAAGUUCAGGACCUGAAGGGCAAGUUUAAGAAGCCUGUGCUGAGGAAGGUGCGCAUGUCUGCUGAUCAGAUGCUUCAGGCUCUGCUCGGCUCCAAACACAAGGUGUCUCUGGAUCUGAGAGCCAACCUGAAACAAGUGAAGAAGGAGGUUAAGGAAGAGUCCGCAGAACAAGUUGGUGACUGGCGUAAGAACAUUGAGGAUAAGGCUGGUAUGGACGGCAGGAAGAAGAUGUUUGAGUCCGAGGCUUAAGAAGGAAUAGUGAUUAUCAUCUGAUCUUAAUCUUAAUUUAUCUCUGGCAGUUGUUCUGUAAUCCCCCACACACUGUUGUUUCAAUAAAGGUGGUUUACUGGUCAUUUUUCACAUUUUUUUUACACGUCAUGUGUAUGAUAUACAGUAAAAUACAUAUUGUAUACAGUGUACCGAAAUAUAUAUGUGCCCUUUAUUGUUGCUCAUGCAUAAACCAAAUAAAAAUGGUUUAAAAGAA